UUCUUUCGUUAUCGAGCUGGGGGAGUUGUCGAGUGACUGCUUCCGGGUGGCUGGGUGACCUUGAGCCUUCGGGAGAGCGAUGGCGAGUCUUUUGAGGCUGAGUGUCCUGUGCGGUGCGCAAGGAGGCCGAGCUCUGUGUCUCCGAAUUCCAGUGGUCAGACCUGCUUACGUCUCCGGAUUUCUCCAGGACCAACCCGCCCCAGGACGGUGUGGAGCUCGACACAUUCACCUGUCACCCAGCCGCCAUGCUGGUUCCAGGGCUGCGUCGCUCCACUGGACUGGCGAGAGGGUGGUCAGCGUUCUGCUCCUGGGCCUCGUUCCAGCUGCGUAUUUGAGUCCCAGCUCCGCGAUGGACUACUCCUUGGCCGCGGCCCUCACGCUCCACAGUCACUGGGGCCUUGGACAGGUGGUUACUGACUAUGUUCACGGAGAUGCUUUGCAGAAGACUGCCAAGGUGGGCGUUUUGGCCCUGUCCGCUUUAACCUUCGCUGGGCUGUGUUACUUCAACUAUCACGACGUGGGCAUCUGCAGAGCUGUUGCCAUGCUCUGGCAGCUCUGAGCUUUCUGACUUCCUCCUGCGCGAACCGGUUGUGCAGCUCUUUGCCUCUGCCCUGUCCUGCCGCUCAGCUCGCGAUAGCAGGAGAUCACAGAUGAGUCCACUGGGGAGACACAGCUCUUCUGACCGCCUGGUGGUUUUCAGGAUUUAGUCUUUGAGGAAAAGGUUCAAGAGUAAUUGUAUCCAAAAAAUUUGGGGACUGAGUUCCUCAUUCUGGUCCAUUUCUGGGGUUGUCUCCCAGCUUCACACAAGACUCAGCAUAACUAGACAUUACACAUGAGCUUUUGCCUGUUAGCUUUUCAGAUUCUUAAAGGGAAUUCAGCUUUAUUGAUAAUCUAUCAAUACCUGAUCAAGUGUCUGUGUUUGUCCUGGGAAUGAUGGAAAAGGGAAAGACUGUUAAUUCACAUGGAAAGAUUUUCCAGAAAAUCAGUCCGUGUUUAAUUUUUGGAACCAGUUAUUGAUGGUUACAUGUCCUAGGGAAACUUUAAAGUUAGGAGACACGAGACACUGCUUCCUGACAUUACUUAUUUCUGAGACCUGCCAAGGGGAGCCUGGACAGCUUCUGAGUGUAGAAAAAUUCCGGGUGGGGAAGAGGCCCCGUAGUAGAUGUGUCAAAAUAUCACAGAUGCUGCACUGAGACUCAAUCCUCAAAUGUGUUUAUUUUACUUGUUCUAAUGAUGUUCUACAAAUAUAAAACUACGUAAUAAAUUGUUAUUUUCCCACUGUAGGAAUCUCUAAUGUGAAAAUGUAUUCUAUGGAAAUAAAGGUUUUUUUUUUAAAGAAUAAAA